AUGGAGAACCGGGAACUCACGUCUGAUCGAAGUUAGUUCAUUUAUAUUCUUUUUUUCCUGCUGAAUCGAAGCUUUGUUCCUAAUACUUUAUAUGGAAAAGUUUUUAAGCUUGUCUUGUUAAUUAUUCUCCAGCUACCAAGCCAAGCUCUCAAUGGGAUAGCCCUAGCACUCCAUCAUCCAGCGGCACUGCCUUAUAUGACCGUAAUAACUCCGACCAGGAGAUGCUGGGAAAGAGGAGCCCCUCCGCGUUGACGCCGAGGAGCACAUCCGCAUCCACACGGCCUGACCCUGCCUCUGCUGCUUCUCUGUCAAAAUCCUCAUCCAGUCGUGUAGCGUUGACACCCACCACUUCGCAUGGCAGUAAUGCCAGCCUCUUUUCAACGCCACCCUCCUUUUCAGCGCCACCACCACCACCGCCUGGUUACUCUAUGUCGCCCCCACAGGCCACUCCUGACCCUGCCCCCAACUCCCUCGGCUACCAGCGCCAUCCACACCAUCCUUCUUUCUCUGCCUCUACGGAGAGCCAACAGCAGCAGCAACAGCAACGAGAACACAAAUCUCGACCGGCCACUACUGUCUUGUGUGCCGACAACAGUCCGUCUAUGACAGAUAGGCGCUCUCAUCUGAGGCAGACCCCUGGCCACGAGGCGCCUCUCAUGAAGACGGCCAAAAAGGGCGACCUGGAGGGCAUAAAGAUUCUCUUGAAGGAGGGUGUGAAUAUAAAUGAACAGGAUUCCUCCGGUAGGUGUGCGUAUUUUGUCUUCAUUUCGCCCCUCUACCCUUCCGAGCCACAUCAACUAGUUUCUCGUAGUGUGCCUCUUAGGCCAAUUUUCUAUAUUUGCCGUGCAAUGUACUGCUUUUCUUGUCUCUGCCAAGGUCGGACAGCUCUGCAUGAGUGUAGCAGUCGAAACCACUCGCGUGUCGUGGCCUACCUACUGAGACAUAAUGCUGACCCCAACCUAAAGGCGGCACGGGGUAAUACUGCCUUGCAUGAAGCGGCGCAGGCCGGCCAUGUCCGCGUCAUUCGCUCUCUGCUUCGUCACGGCGCCGAUCCGAAAAUAUCUAAUGGCAAUGGUGAUCGGGCUAUCGACCUAUGUCCGAACGAACUGAGUGCGACUAUUCUUCGUCAGGUGGGCCUUUAUAUAUAUGUAUACAGUCCUCUUGCGAUGCAGUCCUUCUUGCAAACUAACCUCACGUAAAGAAAUGUAGCACCGUCCCGGUGCUCCAUAUCACCCUUUUAAGAGUUUCGCCGAUAUUGAUUCAGGUAUUAUAUUAAGGAGUCUUCUAAUUCUGUAGCUACGCCGCCUCGAACACCGAACGUCGUCCUCGUUAUCGCGAGCAUGGUUCAUCAUGAAUCUACGCUUUUUUCUGUCGAGCACCCUGAUUUAAUCAAGCUAAACUGAUAACUAGGACUUCUCGAGGCAUGCGAAAUUCCAAUACUAGAUGGGCUUCCACGGGCAUCCAUAUCCGGGACGAUGCUAUAUCACGUCCAUUCGUUCGUUUCAUUAAGGCACUGUGGACCUCGAACAAAGUUCUGAAAGUACAGGUGUGCUAACUUAUGAGAUGUUAACUAAAAUUCUGAAAUGCGUUUUCGUUUCGGAAAGAUCACUAACGUAUGGUUUUAAAAUUAAUAAUCAUGCAGCAUAAUUCUAUAGCAAUUCAGUUACACCGAGAUGCCGGCUUUCGAUCGAACUUAUUUCCUGCCGCAUGCGAAAACCACACUCUGUGACAAAUGGCUAUCUAAGUAGCAUGAAUUUUCCUCAUUGAUUUUCGAUGCCCUCAAAAAUACAAUUAUAUGUCAUGGAAAACAUGCAUAAAAAUAUUCAUUAUUUUACUCAUUCGGUAGAAAAUUAUUUCUUCUUUAAUACACUAAGGGAGGGUAUAAUUCGGUUUUAAGAAAGUUCCUAAUUAUGAGAUUUUUUAAUAGCCUGAAAUGCCCGUUCAUAAAAGAUCGUGUCUCUGCAUUUACUAAUGUUGCUUGUAAAGUUUACAAUAUGGCUCCAAUCCACUGUUAGAUUUCAUGAAACCCUUUUGGUCUCCUCUUAAUGCCCUAGAGAAAUGUAUGGUUUUCCAUACGCAGAAAAUAUGCGGCUUGUAGUUUGGAAGCCCAGAAUACAAGUGUAACGGCAGGUCAGGUUCAAAAUCAUUCGGGAAUUCGAAAAGUUUUUAAAAAAGGAAGCAUACCCUUCCUUUGAGUAUAAAAGUAGAAGAUGCCCUUUUCUACCGAAUGAGUAAGAGAAUGAAUAUUUUUAUGCAUGUUUUCCAUGAAAUAUAAUUGUAUUUUUGAGGGCAUCCAAAAUCACUGAGGAAAAUUCAUGCUACUUGGGUAGCCAUUUGUCACAGUGUGGUUUUUGCAUGCGGCCGGAAAGGAGUUUGUUCGAAAGCCGGCAUCUCGAUGCAACUGAAUUAUUAUAGAAUUAUGCUGCACGAUGAUUAAUUUUAAAACUCUACUUAAGUAAUCUUUUCGAAAUGAAAACGCAUUUCAGAAUUUCAGUUAACAUUUCAUGAGUUAACAAAACUACUGUAUUUUAUGCAUUCACUGUCGUCCCCGUCUGCAAGGACGGAAAUAAGUCCGCUGUCCGUUGAUGCUGAAAUUUUACCUUGAAAAUUGCCGAUCAGGAAUAGGCAAAGUUAGAACGAGUCUAGGAUGCAUUUAUCAUGCAUCCACUGCCAUAUGGGCAUAGGAACUUUGUAGGGCUUUUGGGUAUGCUGCAAAUGCAUAAGGUGACCAUCUGUUCUCUCUGAAUUUCGCUUAUAAAGUUCUUUACCAGUGUGUCUGUUUCUAAAAGUAGAAACAAGCGGUUUGUGCUGGGUAAUGUUGCUGAUUAUAACACGUUCCACUUAAUGACUUCCAUAUUUUCAGCGUCUGACGAUUUCACUGAUUUAAGUCAGCAAUGAUGGCGUCCGACGGUUUAUAGCGAAAUGCUGAAAGUAGUGGGCAGCGUCAUUUUAGUCUACGGCAUUAUUUCAUGUUUGGACUAGGAAGGGAGGCAGACUGUCUGGAAACUGGAAUUACUUAUGCUUACUUGCGUGGCCCAAGAUCCCGAUGAGAUAUUCGUCAGCAGAAGAUGGGCUGUACAAUCGCCAAUCGAGAAAUGUCCGCUUCCGUCCGUUAGUCAGGAUAGAUAGGUGAAGGCGCUACCCUUAUGGGACCGUGCAGCAUCUGCAUCCGACCGGCUAUGUUAGACAGACAAACAAAUUGUCUUUUAAAGCCGAAAUUAUGUGUACGAGUGUGUCCAAGGCAAUUAGAGUCUGUAAACCAUCAAGACCAUCCUGUCUAUGGACAAACAGUUUACUUCUUUCGCAAGCAAUUUCACAUGAAAACAGUAACCAAAGCUAACAACCUCUGUUGCCCUGACUUGUCGGGCAAAUAUCGAAAUGAACUUCCGCGUCACGCCUUGCUUCCUCAAUCUGGUAAUCACUUAGUGAACGAUGUUGCCCUAGCAAUAACUCAUUUAAAGCAUAUAAAGGGGCUGGUCCGAUCGCCGAGGCCCAUUAUGCUAAAUCGGUCCGAUACUCGUGGAAAUGGGGACACUGCUGCAUCCCCAGCACUCCCGUUCUUGUUUUCCCCUCUUCUCAAAGGCAAACGUCAGGAGUAAUAAAAUCUUGCCCGAAAUAUUUGAGUGCGACUUCAAAAAGAAAAGACGACCUUAGUAAGAUUGUCAUAUUGAUGAUCAUGGGACAUAGUCUCAAGCUAGUUCCUACGCAGUAGAAUGCUGAAUUCAUCGGACUACUUCCAGUCUCCAUGCGUAAAUUAUAGCCGCGGAACAUCGGCACUUGGAUAGUGUAUGUCCUCCAUCCAUCCUCUGUGCGCGUUCAAGUUUAGUCAUACUUCCUGCCUAGAAGUUUUACCUUUCGCGUUUGUUUUGUGGGAAAUGACGCCCCCCUCCGACUUUGUAUGCAAAGGUAGCAGGUAUUCCUCUUUUAAAAAGUUGGCUCAGUCCUGCAUACUUUUCCACACAGCCCACGGUUUCGACCAAACUUGGGGCAUCCAAACUGCUUAACAGGUGUUUUAUCCAGAACUAAAUCGUCUCACUGAAGAAGUCGAAUUCGGCGAGCUAAUGUCUUCGAUCAUUCGUUGAUUCACCGAACACAGCCUCCUCGUCACCGACACCAUCUUUCGGUUCUUCCAUCGCAGCGACACAUCAUGGACGCACCCUCGAUCUUAUCAGUGGCAUCUGUUAAAAUUCGUGUUUUUCAAGUGACAUGAACACUCUGACGUGCUCGUGAAAAAGGCAGGAUGUGUUGCCGAUUGGUGGGCCGACCAUCACCUGGUUUCUUCAGAAAUGAGGCUACAAAUCCAAUCACGAAGAAGACCUUAGGGGGAAAGGUCACCAGCGAACUUCAACAUGGCAGCACUGGCCGUAAACAGACGGCAACCUGUCGACAUAAUGGGUACCAAUCCGGACGACGUGCGAAUCUUCGGGUAUAAAGACGUUGGGCACAAUUGGCAGACCGCGGAAUGCCACUCAUGGCACUGGCAUGGAAGCCACCGAACCUGUGAGCUGAAAAUAUCAAGACCGACUUGAUAACACUGAGGAUGAAAUACACUGACUGGUAUUUGAGGCAAUCCAACUUUGCAUGAUCAAAUGCAACAACACAGCUUGAAAUAUUGUACUACUUCUCCAAUGUCGUCAACUACAACAGAGGUUAAGGGAUUAUUAAUGCAGAUGAAAUCCUAGGUGAAAUAAAACACCAGCCUGCCAAGCCAGUCUGUGACCGCCAACUCACAAGAACUGCGCCUCCAAUCAGCAUAGAUGGUACAACUAUAAUGACAAAAAAUCGCAAAUUUUGAAGUACGCACCUGAGCGCUUCAGGUACGUCAUCAACGAACUAUCUGCAAGCUGCGAGGAAGCCAUAAAAGUGCGAAUGCUGCCCUCGACCGCACGCCUUUUUUCCGAAAACAAUCAGGGUAUUGCAACAGAUGCCCAAUAGAAGAUUCCCAGGCGCCAAACGAAUUGCAGUUGAAAUUUACAAAUAUGCUAACCCUUAAUUAAUGGGCAGGUUGUACUCCGUUUUCCCAGAUGACUUGCGACAGAACAAAACCACUUUUCACCUAUACGAAGGCAAAUAAAGCCGACAAAUCUAAAAAAACAAUAAAUCCAUGAAAUGGACGAUCCGAUUUUUGUUACACGGCGAUUGUAGGAAAGGCGCCAGAAUUUGAGAGUUGGCCUCUAUACCGUAACAAACAAAAACGUCCGCAGCUGCUCAAUGAGGUGGGCGUGGGCGGUGACUUGCGCGUGAAUGUGUUUACAGCGACUCAGACUUUCGUUGCAUCCACCUCACUCCCCUCACCCGGGCUCAUCGUGAUUCGAUGGCAGGACAAAGUCAGGGCGACCGGAGGUAAAUGUGGACCUUGUGGCUGAUGAAACUGAACAUCCCAUCUACGCGUGUCGCACGCACCACGUGAACCUACGCCUCAUAUACUGGGCCGCAGUGGGGGUGGGAGGUGGUUUCAGAUCUCAUAUAAGUGAAGGCGUCAUAAGGGCCACAUCAAGAACGAACCAUCACAGUUCGACCCUCUGUCCUAAGAAGGAAUAGGUUGCUAUGUCAGUUUUCAGCCUUUCAUGCCGCAACGUUCAUCCUGUCGUGGUAGAUUCACGCGCAGAAGCUUGAUUAUACCGAGGAAUGCGCUAGUUUUCCAUGAGGGAUGAUUCCCAGGUGUUUACCUCGCCUUCUCUUUCCCUUGUAAUGCACCAGUCGACUGUCUGAGCCAGUCAAACAACCGGGGAUGAUACUGGACGCGCUGCACCAAUCCAGCGCAGUCCGACAAACGCGUGGCAGAAGGGAGUCUUGUCCCGUCCUCAGCCAGCACACCUACAACCAAGCCCGUUUGCGUGCACAAUGCCUUCGAUGUCGUGCAUUGCGAUCAACUAUAGACUAUUAUGCUGAGCUUUAGACGUUGCAGACGGUUCACGACGGUGGUCACAGCUUUAUGAUGACAGAAUAAGAUGCGUGAUAAAUCGGCAACGACGGCCUCAACCAUGGCAAGUGGGGUGGAGCAUUACUGCGUCUUCGUCCCAUCUCUCUUCGGCUUCAUGUCUCUUGAAAUUUAGAUGCGGACCACGAGGAUAGACCAGGCAUCGACAUUAACUGUCGAAACGGCCAGAAACUGUCCAACAAAGGCUGUAUAUAGGUCGUCACAAAAACUCCCAAAGCCAAAAUAUAUGACUUCCUCCUUGCAAAAAUGUGUUCAUUGGGUGUCACAGCUGAAGAGAACAUGCAAAUUAGCUUGAAUUUAUUGGGCUCCUGAUGCACCAAUUUCUGACUAACCAACGUGCAAAAUACGGUUGUCAUGCCCGAACCGGCGCCAGUUUCCGAAUACACCAAACCGACGACAGCUUUCAGUAGCAGUCGCUUCAUUGUGAUAGAGACAUUAUCCUAUCUGGACAGCGACAUCUCGCAGACCACGCAAAUUGGACGACAUUCCAAUCCGGAUCUUUACAGCCAGUCAGACUUUGGACAGACGUUAACACUACCCAACAUGACACUCAGGAUAUACAUGUAAAUCAUUCUGACGACGCUACCCUACGGCGCUUCAACCUAGGCAUACUGCUAAAGUCAGACCCGAAAACUAAACUACUUCCACUGCGCUGCCGUCAAAUUAACGGUGAGAAGACAGGCGCACAUGUCAGAUCCCCAGGUCCUGGACUUGAGUAGCAUACUGAGCGCCUAUGCUACACUGCGGCAGACCCAACGACGAUGAAACGACCACAUCGUGACGACAGACGUGCACGUUCAGAGACGACUCUUUUAUCGAACAGUCACUGCGAACACACACCAGGUGGCCUCUACCAACGAAAUUUCUCUUUCAGCCAGCGGGUUGUUCGACCGCAAAACUCCCCAACGAAUCAUGACUUCUGUUUCCGUGGCAAUGUUCAAAAGGCAACUUGAUUGUUUACUUAUUGUUACACAACGUCUCUCAUGACAAGAUUAUCCACGGCCAGCUAUGAACUUUACUUCCAGAUUUACUUCCUCGUGUAUCACACCACCGCGCCUUGGGUGUAAAAUGUCUCCGUGCACACUGUUAGAGGCCACGUUUUAUGCUGACCGCAUAUAAUUGCAUUUAUAACCAAAACUGUACACCAAUAGGACCAUCAGGGGUCCAGCCCCUGGCUCUCGAAUGCAUUCAUGCAUACUCCCUUCAAGGGCUUCUACGAAACCGAAAGGCGCAGAGCACAUCCGUAAAAACGGGGAUGCCCAUCUUGGAGGCCAACGGAAUGGAGGAAACCAGGGCAAAGGAACUGCCGGGUAAGUCUGAAAUGCCACUGACCAACACUGCCAACACGCAGUCUGUCAAAACGACGCAUCCAAGGUUCGCAUCGACCUAAUUGGAUGUCUUGGGAUUCGCCUCCAUGCUAACACUGCCAAUUCAUUUUCCGCACAAUGAAACACCGUCAUUAGUGGGCCAGCUACUCCCAUCCUUCGUCACUGCAAUAUCACCAUUCCGUGACAAUUCCGCACAUUUAUCCUUGCUAUAAACCUGACAUGCCUAAACCUGUCGUGAUGUGGUAAAAUUCGUGGCUUGAAAUGCUUCCAGCUGGCAUUUCAACCCGGUCCCACCCCCCUGAAACGAACGUCAGACAGAUCAGAUCAGAUUUAUUAAGGGAAAGGUAGGCGAGCGCCUUUGAACUCCCUUUUGGUUACAAUAACGCCAUCAAAAAACAAUGUGUAGGGCAAGUGCCAAAGAAAAUUAGGUAAGCAGCUACAUACAACAAACAAUGGUUACUGGUAUAAAUUUGUCUGGGAAUGUACGUCAAAAUUGUAUCAUAUCCAGUACACGGCACCGAAUGGACCAAGUAAUAUCGAAGCAAGCGCCUGUGCUUCAGCCAGGGGUAAAGAGUAUUCAAAAUUGAUGCUACUUAAAUAUAGGGAGUAGAAUAUUUUGUAACGUAAAACUGAGUGGGUGGUAAACGGUAAAAUUUGUUAGUUUCUGAUGCCGUGGAGAUCCAUAUCUCUACUGGUCGAGCUUUCUCUUAAAUGAGUCCACGGAUGAGGACAUAUCGACGUCCACAGGCAGGGCAUUGCAUGCCUUUACCACUCUGUGGCUGAAGAAGGACCUCCUUGGGCUCAGUCUCGCUCCUGCCACACGUAGUUUCAGAGGAUGUCCUCUCAAGCUAGUAGUAGUGGCCAGCUGAAAGGAGUCGCCGUAUGCGAGGCAGCAACCCUGAUCCCGUAGCAUUAGAAACGUUUGAAUUAAGCCGCCACGUGGUUGUGUGUAGUCCAGGGGAAAGAGGUUGAGAUUUGACAGUCUAGUAUCGUAAGGUAGGUUUUUAUGACCUCUGACAAGCUUGGUUGUCCGUCGUUGGAAUUUUUCGAGGGUUGCACGAUCUUUGACAGACCAAGGUCUCCAGGCUUGAAUGAAAAAUUCUAAAUGUGGGCGCACGAACAUCCUGAAGACCUUGCGAAAGCACUAUUGGUCGAACUUCGCAAAUGCCCGCUUGAUGUGAUAUAAGGUGAGCAUUACGGAAUUCGCUACCUUCAAGCAGUGGAAUGAUGGCUUAAGUGAAGAUGUUAUCCACACACCUAGAUCCUUCUAAACCUCUACCAGUGGCAGCGGUGUGUGAUUUAAAUAGUACGUCUGCCGGUGCGCAGAGCUGGUUCUGCUAAUCCUCACUAUCCUCUUAAUGCGAAUUUUGCGUCGCCUCCCACGUCUUCAAAAACCGAUCACUCGUGUGACACGCGUUAGACGGCGGUUUUAUUUCGCGUCGGCCGACCAAUUUAGAUUAAUUUGUGGGCGGCUUACCCGGGUUUGUUGCGGUCUUCCGACGAGCGUUUUCCGUUCAUUACUUUUAUUUCCCAUAGUUUGCCUUAAUUAUUGGUGAAAAAGUUGCAUAUUGAAGUCCAAAAUUCACCCGUUGGUAGGACGGGGCUUGUUCAACUUUGCGACACUACCAUAGUCCAAAACCUUAAUCUCGUCGUCAAAUAAAAAAUCUUAAAGACCGAAGGCGUCUCUUUGCUAUACGUUGGUUUCAUUGGCACAUGUUAAUUCGAGUUUUUGUGACUUCUAUUUCGCCUCCAGGCAAAUGUUUUAAUGUCUGUGUCCCUACUAGAAUGUCAUAUCAAUAGGCGAUAAACGAUUGUUCAUGACUUCCGAAUAAUUUACUGAAGCCCAAAUAGAAUACUGAAAUCUCGUUUUCCCCUGGUCUGUAUGUAUGUCUUCCUAACCACCAAAGGUCGGAGACCUUUAUACCGUUGUUUGGUGUUAUGCCUGGAUUUGCAGUUUCUUCUGACCACGGCCUCCCUUCCGUAUUCUUGCAGAUUGAAGAUUCCUCCGAAAGCUCCCAUUCCAGUCAGCUUGGCUUUGUCUCCAAAAAGCAUGAACCAUCAUCCCCUCCUAUCACAUGCUCCCGUUCCUUUUCAUCCCACGAGGGUCAUCAACGUUCGCACCAUCAUCAUCAUCAGUCCCAGUCAGGAAGUGAAUCCAACAGUCGACAACGCCGCGGAUCCUUUGCGGAAGAACGCAAAGACCCUGGCUACCGCCCAAAGUCGGAACACUUGUCACCUUUUGAGCACUCCUCUCGCGGCGAGCAUACAAAGCACCCAAAACUAACUGACUCGACAUUAGCUGAGACCAACUCCGCAAGUGCCGUCGCCGCAGCCGCAAGUCACAGGUCGAAUCCACCAGCCGGUAAAGCGUCUGGAGAUGGCGCUCACUUUCAUCAUCAUCACCACCACCACCAUCAGUCCUCCUCGGCCACAGGGGACUCGAACGCUGCCCACGGUUCUCAUCGAACCCGUUCUUCGAACUCGCCGAAAGAUCAAAUAGCGUCAGGUCCGAGCUCCCAAGCCUCCAGAAGAAAUAGCAGCUUAAAUGAAAAAGCACCGGAAGCACUUGGAGCUCACCUUGGACGAUCGAGUAUGUGAAGUACAAUGAUUCAGGGGGAAAUUAAUGCAUUUUGAAGUUAGUAGUCUGAACAUGCAGCAAACAUACAGAUUUUAACUUUUUUACACGACUUGUACUGGUCAUUUGCAUGUACAGACGCCAACUCUUCUGUCUGGUACGGUAGAGGUAUUAACUUUGUUGAACGACAGAGGUAGAUAGUAUCCAGAUCUAUUUUGGCCUAACAUCGUCCAUUGUGAUCUCUUUAGUCUAGCUUGAAUAGAUGAGUUCAGUUGAGCUAUUUUAAUCUUCACAGAGGGCUAUGUCUGAAUGGCCUUUUCACCGUAUGUCUUUAAGCUAUUGAGUAAAAUAUUUUAUGUAUAUAUGUUGUAGCUAAAAGUUUUUUUGAUGCAGAAUAUAGUAAUUCAGAGCUUGCAGAUAAUUACUUGACUCGUUUCAGAACAAACACUCAAUAAUCACGUUUUUCUGUCCGAAUUACGAGAAAAACUUCACAUAUGCGAAGAAGUUAGAUGUAUUCUUCACUGUGCUUAGCUGUCUCUGAGAAGGCUGGUUUUAUAGUCUGAUGUUCCACGCUGGUACUCGAACGCGUCGUCGGAGAUCCGAUGGUACUAAGGGGGAACUAUUUCAAGCAGUAGAAUUCGUUCAGUCCAUUUUUUCAGUUUGUUUGCUGAAGGUAAUAGACAAAGUCUUCGAAAAUCCUAUUUUCACUUGCCGGUAUGUUACAAACAACCAUACACGCAUUCUGAAAUAUUGUCCCUAUUACUAUAGUAUUCGCGCCAUUUAAGUAGCAUCGCCUUAUUACGUAAAGAACUCAUAACGAAGGUUCAACCUGGACACUUGUGCGUAGCUUCAUCGGGUGUCCACGAGGAUAAGGUCAGAGGCGGCACUGAAACCUGUCCCUAACCUGCAGUCCUCGUUCAAGACCAUGCACUAUCAUGUAAACUAAGAUAAAAUCACAUCUUUGCUGCCCGUAGCAUAGGUAAUAGAUUAAGGCACUUCAAUCUUUCUAUAUAAAGUCGUUGUUCUAAACCUCUUAUUAGCUUCACUGCGUGACAUUUCACUUUCUCGAGACAUUAUGUCCUUUUCGAGCCAUGGCUGCCACCCCUGUAUGCCGUAUUCUAGGUGAGGUUGGACAAAGGUGGUCUUUGUCGAAAGCUACGAACGUCCUGUGAUAGGGUGCAGCGCUCCCGUGAAGUUUUUUUCGCAGCCUUGACGCAUUGCAAUGGUGCUGUCGGAUGGCUCGGUAUCUAGACACUGAGAUUCUUCUACGAAGAUUUAGUGGGAAGUUAGAUGUCUCUCAGGUAAUAUGCCUUCAUGUUGACUUUUGGGUGCUAGUUGGCCGGACGCGGAUGUAGGAUGGUACAAUUUUCACCUUGAAAUCUAGGACCUAUAUCGCAGACCACGUUUGCAGUAUGUGCAGACUAUUUCGAAGAAUCUUCUGGUCAUUCAGGCCAUCAUUCAUCAAGACUUGCUUUGAGACUCUGGACUUUUGGAAGAAAUGCUUGGGAGUUUUGAUGUUGUAUUUCCUCUACAACCAUUCACCAUGAUUGGAAGUAAGUGAGUUGCACGAUGGUCCUCAGCGGUGCAUUCGCUUUUUUUAAAAACUAACUCUCUUUUCGUGUUAGCCUUCCUUACACUACAUUACCUAAGGUGAUUAGUUUACUAAUCCUCAAAUGCACAUCCUUCGGUUGGUAUCGGAACUUGUUAUAUAUUGUGAUUAAAAAUUUGCCUUGACAAAUGUGUCGCGAGCUAAUAGGAGUUAGAGACACUGGUCUAACGCGACGACGCGCACCACACCCCCAAACGCAGCAUUUGGCCCACUAUGUUCCCACACCCACUGCGUUCCACAGGAAGGCCAAUAGCACUAGCAAUGAGAUAAUGCACUGUGAUUGGCCUGGCCUUGAGCUUCCUUCAACAAGUACCACAGCACUUCUACUCUAGUCAAAGCAAGCUUCGCAGAGAAAUUCGCUAUGGUUGGGUGAGACGGUAUAGGCUAUCCUCAUCUGGCUUAGCUCGGUAGUUAAAGCCGUUAUUUAACAGUGGCCACUGCUAUCAGGAUAACUUCGUAGGACCAUAUUUGGGAACUGCGAGCCAGGAAGGGUCAGAAUGGAGUGACUGUCACUUGCAAAUGAACACAUGGAACGACCUACAGUCCUCUAAAUAACUACUUCUCUCUUGGAUCUCCAUGACCCGUGCAAACAGUAAUUACUUAUGGUGCCACAAUAAUAAAAUAGUUUUGGUUUUGUUAAAAAAUUGUAACCCGUCAUUUCUUCGCCUUCACUAGGUACCAAAAAAGACCCUUACGCAUUUGAUGAUGAGGAGCAGGACCUUUCACCGCCCCUGCCGCACUCCACAGUCGGUGUUUGCGCCGCGGGCAACAAUGGAACACUGGGUGCCACCGCUGUCACCACCACCACCAACACCACCGCUGUUGUUACUGCCACCGUGACUGGUGGCCCUGGUAACCUUGAGGGAACGACUUCGAGUCCCAUCACCCGUCGCUUCUCUGCCGCGUCAUGCGUUGCUGUCACCCCUCUGCCUAGUAUUCAGGUGAGCGCACACAGCGAUCAGUCCGGCCCUUCCUCCGUUUCUCCGAACAGUGCCAGCUCACUUGGUCCCCCACUAAAGCUACGCUUUGCCAAAGAGGCAGGCCACUACACCCUCAUGGAGCAACAACAGCAGCUACAGGAGCACAUGGCCGAGCAACAGCGAGGUGUGGGUCGCUCAGUCCCACUCAAGUCCUCGCCUUCAGCUACACCGGAGAUGAAAGACAGUGGUUCGAGCAAAUCUUCCCCGACAGCCCUACCGGGACAGGUACAAGAGAGGAUGUUUCCAGCCGCCCAGCCCGCCACUUUGUCCACAGACCCUUUGCCGGCGUCUGGCACAAUGGGAACUUUGCUGACUCUUGGGGAAACACCUUCAACGCCGCUUAAAUCUGAUGGUGUUGUGCAACUCGGUUCAUGUGCUCUUACGCAGUCGCCGGAUGUAGAACUUAGCCAGGUAAAGCCUUAUGUUAAUAAAUUUUAAUGCGAAGGGCAGGCAACAUACAGCUAGUCGAAAAUAGUAAACAUGAACGGUUACUCACUCAUUGUAAAUAAUAUAGACAUAUAUAAGUUGUGACGGCUUACGUGAGCGAAUAUGUGACCGAUAAUUGGGAAGCCUGAUACGCGCCGAGUCCACACGUAAAUGAAUCCACGCAGGAGUAGAGUACAGCAUCAUUCGGCAACAUUUUGUUACUGAAAAAAAUCCUUCGUCCAUUGAUCCUUGCUUUACCUGCGCGUGGUUUUAGGGGACGACUGCGCAGAGUGGACGUGUUAGCCCGAGUGAAAAAAUCAGUGGGAACUUAGCAACAAUUUAGGUCGUUUAUAAUGCGGAAUGUUAGUAUAAGUUCAUCGCGUAGUUGUCUGUACGAAGGGGGAAACAGGUUGAGAGUUGACACUCUGGUUUCAUAGGGCAGUGCCCCCAGACAUUUUGUCAUUUUCGUCGCCCGUCUGUGGACCUUCCCCAAGACGGUAUAGCCCUUGAAAUUCCAAGGUCUCAUGCCUGUUUGGUGUAUUCUAGAUGAGGCCGCACGAAGGUGCCACAUAUGCUGAACAAAGUUUUCCUUGUUAAAUUCCAUAAGGGCUCGCCUAGUGAGUUGUAAUGUUGCCAUGGCCGACUUAGCCGCCUUCGCGCAGUUCAGUGUUGCUUUGAGCGAGGAUGUAAUCGACAAACCCAAGUCCUUCUGACUGUCAACUUGUUGCAGUGGUGUGCUCUGAAGAAGGUAAGUCUUGGGGUUGAAGGCUCUGCAGCUACCGAGUUGAAGAAAGUUACACUUGUUUACAUUGAAGGGCAUAACCGAGCGCUUCGACCAGUCCUCGAGCCUGUUCGAGUUUGUUUGCAGAUGGUCCCGUCUGUCGCACUACGAAUAAAUUUCCACAAUUUUAUGUCCUCAGCAAACAGGAUGACAUCACAGUCUAAGUCUCUGAUGCAGUCAUUUAUGAAAAGGAGGAGUAAUGUGGGUCUAAGAUUGAGCUUUCUGGGACGCCACUCACAACGCUUACCUCUGAGGACUGUUGGUGCCCGGCCUGCACUCUUUGGGAUCGUUUAGUCAAAAAGCUCCGAAUCCAUACAACGAUGCGUCCAAGCAUUCCUGCGUUGCGCAGUUUGUGCAAGAGGCGUUGAUGAGGAACGCUAUCGAAGGCCUUUUUGAAGUCGAUGUAAAUGGCGUGCACCGCAUUGCCCUCGUGGCGUGCUUUGGUCCAGCGUUCGAGUUAAAGGAGCAGAUUCGUGAGACAGGACCUGCCACUUCAAAAGCCGUGUUAGGAAUCGUAGAGGUAAUGCUGCUCGAGAAACUGCAUCAACGCUUUCUUGAUUUUCUCCACGAUUUUGCUACAAAUGGAGGUAAGACUCACUGGCCGGUAGUGAUUCGUAGCCUCACGACUUCCGUCCCUAAAAACGGAUUGGUGGUAGCGGACUUCGAAUCGGAGGGUAGACACCCCGUAGCAAUUGACGUUUGGAAGAUCAAGGCUAGCGGUUCGGACAUUUCGGGGGCUAGCUCCUUCAGCAGUUUGGCCGGGAUUGCACCAGAGCCUUGGGAGGUCGAUUCCUUUAGGUUUAGCAACUCCUUCUGAACGCUUGCUUUGAUGAAGAAGUCUGUUUCAAUGGUAGGCAUCUCUCCGUCUUCACAAGUGGGUGGGAAAAAUUGGGAUCAUACGUCACAGCGGACCGAAAGAGCUGAUAGAGAUGCUUAGCCUUAUCCUUUUCAUCUGAAAUUUCCGUGCCCUCGGCCGUUCGCAACAGUGGGAUGGGGUCUUUGUUCCGUGUACCCUGCCUUAUGUAACUGUAAGGGACUUUGGGAUUAACCAUGGUACGUUUCAAAAGAUCCUUUUCGAAGACUUGCUGAUCUCUGACGAUAAGAAUUUUUACCUGGUUUCUCUGUAACUUAAAACUGUUUAGGGAUUCAGACGUCCGGUCAAUGAGGGGUCUUUUCCAUAGCCUCCUAUACUUGUUAACUUCCCUCAUUAAGCACGGAGUCAACCAGUGGGGUCUAUUCGUUUGUCUUCUGUGCAUGAUUGGGCAGUGGUUGGAGAUUAGACUGUGGACUAUCUCUUUGAACUGACACCAAACCUCUUCGAUGUCGCCGGAGAGUGUGGACGCCCAGUCCAUUGGACAAAGAUCCUCUUUCAUCUGUUUAAAAGCCCUGCGCCAACUAUUAGGUCGGGAAUCGAUCGGUUGUGCAGACAGGGAGAAUAAGGUGCAGUCCACCAGGAGAACCACAUGGUCAAUCUGACAUAGUGGGGUGGGAGGCAAUUCACAAUGCCGAUGUUGUCAGACGACUUAGUGAACACAAGAUCGAGGCGGUUCAUUUGUUGACCCUCCCGAACACCCGUCGGAAACACUACAUGCGGGGUAGGAAGCAGAUUGCCGGUGGCUCGCAGAUGCCGCUGGUCGAAUGCUGUUUCUGAGCAGUCGGCAGAAACCGAAUGCCAGUCGGUAUGAGAUGCAUUAAAGUCCCCAACAUUGAGAGUAUUCGGCCACGUAGAAAAUAAUUUGAGCUCAUCCAACAGUUGGGCAUCAGCGUCAGGGCCACUUCCUAGGGGACGAUAUAGUGUCAAGAUAUCGAGGCUUUGAGAACCCAGUACCCUUAUGGUCAACCAUAAUGCUUCCGUACUGCGAGUCAGCUCCGCAGUUUUUUUGAAACAUACAAACCAUUCUUAACAAAUGUCGCUAUGCCUCCAACCCUUCUGUUUUCUGUCUCUGCGGAACAAAUGAAAUCCAGGAAGCAAGAGCUCCCUAUCAUCAGCCUGUUUGGAAAGCUAUGUUUCUGUUAUUGAGAUAACGUCUGAGUGGAGGUCGCAGAUAUGGGUUCGGAGUUCAUCCAGCUUUUAAAGUACACUUUGCGCGGUAGUAUACAUGAAUAUGAGUUUCUAGUUCAUGCAAGAUUUACUAACAACCCCGACGCAGGCCACGGGAGUAUCUGUGCGGUCAUUCGAAUUGGCUUGAUCCAGAAAAGAGCAGAAUGUCGUUUUACUAUGUGGUCUUUGUAGAGUACCAAGUUCUGUUCUCCGUUGGCACGCCGUGUUGUAGGACAAGUUCGCCACGUUUCGUUCUUCCGGCGGGUGAGUAGUCCGUCUGAAAAAAUAUUCCUUUCUGGGGAUACUUCAGUCGAGAACGCCUGGAAAGGAUUCGUUUCACCCACCCAUUUCCGCCUGCGGAGCGUAAUUUUUACGGCUGCCAAGACGAAACGCGUUCAUAACGGUGAUAUCUUCAGAUGGUCGCAGCAUUUCAUUAAGGAGUUUCUAGAAUUGCUCCAAGUCUGCAGCGACUCGUUCCCUGGGAUUACUAGCAGGAGACUCUGGAAGGCCCUGAAUUAUGAUGCAGGUAUCCUUGUUAAGCAUUCCUCUAUUUUCUGCGAUUUGGACGUCUUCGGCGGGUACUUUGGCCUUGUCGAAGUGGACUGGCAAAAGAGAGGGGGCUGCGACAUUGGUACAUUUGUCCCCGUGCAGUUCGCCCGCGGUUCUUGCUGAGGCACCAUGAAUGGUUACGCACUGUGGUCGAUCAACAAUGCCUUCCCCCAGAGGGCUCUGUGGAGAAGUCGUCCCCCUCAAUUGGAGGCUUCCUCAGCUCGGCCCUCAACUCUGUUGACAUGGGAAUUCGUAAUGGCAGCUAAUUCUACCCUGGAUCCACGGCCAUAUGUCUGUGCUAGGUGGCAUUCCCUCUCAUUUUGGCCCCUGGAAUGAGCACACUGUCUGGGAAUUAUUAAGGUCGAGCGUCAUCUGCCCCACUCCCUCCACUUCCUUUGUUGGUAAAUAUUCAUCCAUUUCCGUUUGUGCAUACGACUGCUUUUCGGGCAAGACUGACUUACCCUCUUUUGUUUCCUGGCGAUCCUUCCCCGUGAUUUUAAGUGGCGUCUUCUUAUUUUACUGGCUAGAUCGCAGUUGGUAGCCAGGAAUGGGCAGGCGGACGGCGACCUUAACCCUUAUAUUUACCUUAACCCUAACCAUAACUCUAACCCCAACCCUUAACGUUAACCGUUAACCCUAACGGCAACCCUAACCCUAACCGAAAUCGUAAACGUAACCGUAGCCCUUAGACAUAUCCGUAACUGAAAGACCUAACCGUAAUACUGAAUCCUAAUCGUACUCUCAAACCUUAACCAUAACCCGAAAACCUAAACCUAAAGGCAUAAACCUAACCCAAAAACGGAAACCAUUAACCAGUACUCUAAUCCUAACCUCAGACGUAAAACGGAAGCCAAAUGGGUCAGAUGUGAUUAAGCAGCUCCGCAAAAUAGCCCCAGCAAACAAACCCUCCGCCACCUCUAAUACGGGUCUUGGCUACCAACUGCUAUCUAGCCAUUUUACUUUCUUCGGAAAAGCCACUUGACUACUAUAAGCAGAUAUCUUAUACACCACAUGAUUCCUUUCUGAGGAUUCCUUACUCGGAAUGGACGUCGCUGUAUUCCGAGUUAACCUAUGCAUAGAUACCACUGGGCGGCCCUCUGAAGAAAGAGUCUUGCGUAUAAACUCCUUCGGAUUUUUAACUUCUUCCUCUAGUUGAUGCAUCUUGUAGGCCAUCGUUUGACAACCGUUACACGAAUAUCCGACCUAAUUCUGCUGUGACAUACAUACAAAGCUUUUAGAACGCUCCUGGAGCGUAUGUCUGUAGCGCAGGGGUUAUUGGUGUAUGCUCUUAUCUUUGAGGUCUCCGGUUCGGCCCUGAAGUGGGUGUUUUUUGGAAUACGAAUGCGGACUGAAACGCUCUGGACAACCUUUCUGUAUCUACAAGAAUAAACAUCCUAGCAAAGAAUGUGGCUUUAUGUAUGAAGAAAAACGCCUUUAUGACGUUCUUUCAGUAGAAAGUAAUUUCAUAGACUGAAUAUAAUGGUCUUGUCGAGACGUUUUCGAAAGCAUGCAAAAAUUUAGACAAAUACUUGGAGACGAUGAUGCAAACAAUGGUUACUUUUGGAAGAGCACCUCAGCCUUUGUAGAAGCUUUAGAUGUAUUGUUCGUCAGAUAUUUCGUCUGAGCUUGCAAAUAGUAUAAGCGAGGAGCGAGAAUGUUAAAUCGGAGCUCUGCGAAUGUGCCGCAGGGGACACUUUUGGAGGAAGAGUGAUUUCUCCCAAAGGGUCCAAAUUAUGAUCCUUGGGUAGAAUUAACUACCCACAUUUGCAGCGGCAGUUUGAUCAACCGCGCUUAAUAGCCUGUGUUACCUUUUUAGGUAUGCUGAUUAUGACUUGUAGAGGAAGUUACCACGCCCUCAGCACAAAUGAGGCAGGAGGGUUGUUCAUGCUAGAGGUGGUACAAGAACCCCGCUGAUUUUGGCGCUAUAGACUGUCUGACAGUUCAUAGUCGCCGAGUGCCUGCAGUGUCCGAUUAAGUAAGCAAGUGGGUCUUGAUUUUGCACUUUCAGAAGGAAAUGUUUCGGUGAUUGACUGUGGAAAAAAGAAUAGAGAUCGAAGCUGCCCCCGACUCUUGCGGUUUUGACCCAUUGUGAAGAUUUUGGCCUCGUCAAACAUGAGAGUGUGGCAUACAUGUCAAAUGUACCGUUAAUCGGGCGUUGCCAUUGUGUUUUCGGUGCGUUUGCCUUGUCCUCAUGUCCACCAGAUACUUUGGAGGAAUCCUGUUCUCCAGCUUCAUGAAUAUUUGCCGAUGAUCAGUAUUGGUGGUUUAUUCAGAUGACUAUCCGAGCAAGUGUGCCGAUCAAUAUAAACAAAGGCAGGUCGAAAGGUCUGGCCGUGCCGGAGUCUAACGAGGAGCCACAAACACGAACUGUUUAAGUCAUGGCUCGCGUGUCCGAAGUUGCUCACUAAACACAACGAACCCGCCCCAGAUUAUACCUCGUCAAGACUGCUUGGUCGUGUAAUAACUCACAGGAUUCGAGAAUAGAUGAACGGAACGCCGAGGGGUGCUAUUUCUAAAUCUAUCUUUGAAGUCCUUUUCACUCCAGUUGCUCACGUCAGUGGUUAAAACUGUAAUAAGCUACUCUUGCAUCAACUGUGGACACGCUUGAUGAGAGCUUGGAAAUCAGUGGCUUAAUGUAAGUCCGGCAAUCAAAAGACAUGGCUGCGUAUUCGACGGGCUAAUAAAUCUUUCUUUGCAUUUGGUUUUGUCUUCACUGUUUAUAUAUUUUCAAUGAAUGUGAGGGGUUUUGAACGAAUUUUCUAACUUCCCAAUGCUGUGCUAUACUUUGGCCCGCACAUAUGGGUUAUUUGUGCCAUGCAAUGUGCCACUCCGAAAUUUAUCUUUCCAGACCAUUACCCGGGCUUUAUGCGCUUACAACCAGAUCCACUACGUUCGAUAAAAGUGUUUUCGCAGUGACUGUAACAGCAUUAAAGAUAUCAGCGUCAUGCAAAUUCAGUCAGUAAGGACGGUAAGGAACAUACGUGCGCCAACUUUUGUGGUUAUUGUCGCAUGCCCCAUCCACAGGAGCCUUUGUGAUAAUUAGAAUCAAAAAGGGGACGUUGACAAUGUAAGGAAAACCGCAACUGUCGUUUCUGACAUAUUUUUAUUGUCGUACGCUAUCCAUACCACAAUCCCAAACAGGGAGGCUCGACGUUUGCAUCCCAGGUUCAGUCGGCCAUUCGGGUAGAUGCUCCACCACUGGGUUACGGGCUAACACCAUAUCGGAUUCAACCGGGACUGCUCAAAGUCACGUGAGACUGAGGUUCAUCACUCAACCCGUAUUUCCGAAGGUAAUAAGGUGUUCUGUUUCAGCUUUUAGCACUGUGUGUCUCGCUUCCGAAUUUGGCUUUGCCCCAAGUCCGCUGAGGUGAUAUUUGUGCAAGCGUAUUUUUUCGAAGCAUUUCUUAACUGUUCUACCUGGGAUGAAGUUAGUUUGUAGACUCUGGCACAUUGCAGGGGAUUUCCAACAAGAAGACGACACCACUACUCCCAGUAAAUAUAUGGGCCACAUUGGUUUUUGCUCCCAGGUUUAAGCCUGGUCUUUCGUCAUUACACGGAGAUAAACUUGGAUUAUGCCAGGGCGCGCGCCUGAGUUACAAAGUGCACUCGACACCUUUUGUUCUUUACGCUAGUUACAAAAUGCUGACUCUUUUAAACCAACUGUUCCCGCUGAUUAUGAAUAAUCCUUGCUACUGCCUUUUGAUAACCCGUCUCGUUUUGGCAGCCGCACCGUUAUCUUAUGAAUACCGUCUUGAAUAUUUUAGAGGUCGCAGGGCGACGAUGAAGACCAAGACUCACGGUCACAAAAGGUGCCACCGCUGAGGAUUAAGUUGGCGACCGGUGCAAGCUCAGAUAUUGGCUCUUGUGAACACACGGUUCCCGACUCUCUCUCAACCGAGGAACUUUCAGCACCAGUUUCCGAUUCCGUUGUCAAGUCAGACAUCAAACCCGACUCCCCAGCACCGUUGUCACUGCCCAGUUCCGAAUCAGCUGAAAGCAAAAAGUUUGAGGCUGUGGUCGCCACUUCCAGCGCCACAGGUUCCGAGGCCGUAUCUGCAUUUUCUGUGACCAAGAACGCUGAAACGAGCGUCUCAUCUUCUCGUCGACGUACGGGCGCAGUGCCCACAAGGACAGCCUCUAGGGGGCAGAAACUGGCUGAGGACAGUCAGUCUGAACUAGAAAAAGUGCCCACGCAGUCGGACACGGAGGUGCGUUAAGUUGCUGCCGCUGAUGUAUCUCAUGAUUUUACUCGAAGCCCUCUACUUCGAUUUCCGAUUUUAAACUUUUUGGUUGGUGCUUCUCAGAUAAAAGUCGAAGAGCCGGUCAAUCCGCGGAGCAGUCGGACCCUCCGAUCACACACAGCUGCCCAGCGCGAACGGGAGGAACGCGAUCGCCAAAGUGAGUCAUGGGCUUCUCGUGUAGUUUUUUAUCGCACAGUUCUUUCUCAGACCGCGUGCUGUGUAGGCUACAUGUCUUUUCCUUAACUCUUAUAGCAGACAACGCCCCAAUAAAGAAACGCAAAAUCCGCUCCAAGACUGGUGAGUCGGAUGCCGCAUCCUUCGCAACUAAUGGGUCGGACCUACGGGACGACAACGGAUCGGACCUGCCGAUGACCGAUCAUGGCGCGGACUCCUGCUCCUCUCUGGACAACACUAACAAUCACGGCCCCAGCACCGGUAUUUCUGCGAAGGCGGAGCAGAACGAGGGCUACGAGAGUACAGCAAACUCUGCAGGCAGCUCUGGCGAGACCGGCUUCGACGCGACGUUGCGGUCAUUACCUUCAUCCGCAAGGGCUUUCGAUGAUCCUCUGAAACCCAGCCCUGUGGCUUGGGGUGAAAAUCCCUAUGAUAAAGCCGCCGGACUGAAUAAAGGGGUAUGCAAAAUAAUAAUGAAGGAGAUCACUAAUAUGGCCAUUGUGCGCCCUGCUUUCAGUUAUAUCAGAUCGCAUUGGAUUUGAUGGCGUCUGCAAUGUAUGCGAGCAAUGGUGAUGAUGAUGACGAUGAUGAUGAUGAUGAUGGUGGUGGUGGUGGUGGUGGUGGUGGUGGCGGCGGCGGCGGCGGCGGCGGCGGCGGUGGUGGUGGUGGUGGUGAGGAGGAGGAGGAGGAGGAGGAGGAUGACGACGGCGACGAUGAUUAUGGUGCAUAUACCUCUUGCAGACAAACUUUGAAUCUAAAUCCGCAUAUUUUUCGUAUUUGACUACUGUUCUACGGUGAAGAGCCUUUUAUACACAAAUAGAUGUUGCUCUCCUGUGUAGAGUGUCUCUGUAUUGCCGACGGAGCAAGAUUGUUAUCAAAUUAAUCCACGCCAUCGGACGCUAGAUAUUUGACCAUCACGUGGAGAUUUUUCAGACGUCACGUUAUGUUUUGGUCCCUGGUUUCUAUUGGCAUCCGUUUCAUCAUUUUCACCAUUCGUUUUCUCCCUCUAGUUGAAUGAACUAAUUGGCAAGCUUGUGGAAUUGCAGCCCAAAGAGCCGACCGGCUACCAGGACUACCUACUUGUGACUCGCGACUAUCUUCUUACCGACCGAAUUCCUUCUCAUCUUGCCAAGGUAAGCAUAUAUAAAUGAGCCUCGAAUGUUGAUUUUGAACACUGAAGCGACCGAUUAAAAUUCAACAAGCCUUCACCCCAACGUGUGCUCUUUUGGAGAAAUUGAAUCUUUAAAAUUUGCUGCAACAUCAACUGUGGCCCUUUAUCCCAUGUGCCCGACCUCCAAAAACGGCUAUUCAUGAGGACUACGAAUAUUCGCACUCCAAUGGGCCACAGCACAGCCGACCGAAAUAUAGGUGGAGGAAGGAAGAACCCUUCUUUACGGGGUUUAUUUACAAACCAUGCGUUUGGCACUUCUAGUAAAAACCAAUCUAUCCUCAUUUGUCGCCAGCAUUCGCUUGAACCUGUUUGUCAUAAUCGUUAUGCCCAGUUUCCUACCAGCCCAGCUAUCAGUCUCAAUAACCUCAUUGACUCUUGUCACCGAACUUCACACAUAAAACCUACAUUUUCAUAAAACAGGCUCAAGUUCAACCCUGAGGCCGCAUGUUUCUUUUUUUAGCGACCAUGCCCAGUAAAUAUCGAAGGGCCUUUUGCUGAAUUAUUUGAAGAGCAGGAAGACGAACGAUACGCCCAGGCCCUCAAACACGAGUCAGAACGCGUGAGUUUUUUUUGCAGUUGAAUCAUCUUUCGCUUAUGUUUUUUUGGUAAAGCUUGGGAUUUGGCCACUGAGCUAGUAGUGUGAGCAUACUUCUGAGAUGUCAGUACUUUUUGUGGUCGUCAUCGUGCUUACCUCAUCUUUUUCAAAAAGAACACCCCUUUGUAGUCACCAAUUACAGAAGUCUAGUGCCAGCGUUCUUGAGACUUUCAAAGGUCGUGCUUCUUUCUGGGAAGACAGUUAGUUAAAUAACUCUUCAUUACAGCCUAUUGGACGUUUUUCCAGUCAAAAUGACGGGCAGACAUGUCCAUGUUAAUGUAAACUAGUUGAUCCUAAGUGCCAUUCAAAAAAAUGCAGAAGUGUCCUUCCUGAUCCUAGCCGACGAGUCAUGAGACAGUUAUUUUAAGUUUUAAGAGUGUUUAACUCGGAUUCUAACUUCGGAUACGCCAACACUCGGAAUUGGAUUGUAACUAGUUAAUUGUCGUUAAUCAGCCAGAAAUGACAAUUUCUGUGCCCCUAAUCUUUGUCAGUCGUAUUUUCAAGUUUUUCAUUUUUGAUAUUUUCCCGAACUCGACCAGUGCUGACAGGGCUGAAAUGUUCCAGGCGUUUCGCAUGCUGAUCUGGUAUUCCCUGCAUCACCAUUCAUCGCUAGUACUCUCCACAUGUAUGCCAAUUGUUCACGUAAAUUUGGGCAUGGUCGACUGACAGGUUUGGGUAAUUUUCACCGAACUUCCCCGUAGAUAGGACAUCCAGCCGAGCUAACUGUUCAAACAGUGUGAAAAUUUGGAAGGAGUUGCGUCUACACGUCGCAUUCCUGGCUUUAUACUUAUCAUGGUAUGUUUAAAAUGAUGUGACCUAUAUACGUCGCCGCGAUUUCACAGUUUCUGUGCCGUCCAAGUUCAAAGAAGAACACCAGUGCAAACUUCCUUUGCGCAAAUGCCCUCUCUCAUGUUAUUUAAUGAGCUUCUGUUAACUUCUGGCAAUUCAUGUUCCACUGUGAUUACGUCUCAUCCAGCAAAUCAUCUCCCCUAUAAUCUCUCAUUAGAGACGAGAUCUUAACAGAUCUGUUCGCCUCAUUCCAAUUUCUUGGCGCACUGGGAGGAGUCUUCAUCCAGCCUUUACGUCAACUCUGAGUAUUUUAUAACUAACUCCCUGGUUCCUAUUGGUGCUGUUAUGUGCAAAUCUAAGUUCAUGCUUAAUCGCGAUGUACCACACAAUCCACAACUUCGGUACUGGGGGUCUACGGUAAUUUAACUAGUUUAAAGCGCUUCCACGUGCUGGCUAAAAUGAUAGACUGUUGGCAUCUCGUCCACUCGUUUGGGCCAUCCUUUACCCACAAAAAAACAUGCUAGAAGCCGGAUUCCUGAAAUUCUAAAACUCCCUCGCGUAAUCCAUUCGACAUUUAAAUGCGUUUAAAUAAUUAACUUCGAAAUAAGCGUUCAGAGGAUCGGGCCUUUUGCUAACAGAUUUCAAAUGUCGUUCUCUUUCGUUAGCAAUGAUUUUAUCACAAGAUGGCGGUGGAGGGUAUUCCCGGAAGAAACUAAAAUCUCGUCAGGACUAUCGCUGAACAAUUCGUUGUAAACGCAAUAAGUCAAAGGUUAACCAACGGGCUCAUUUCUGUCUUCAGCAAGCUGUACUUCAGAAACGACUUGAAGACCAGUCAUUCGAACCCUGAUGAUUUGCCUGCAGAAAAGCCUAAGUGAAAAGCUGCAGUGGCCGAUUAGCGAUUGAAGAUUCUCUUGUCUGGUACUGGAAAUUUUCACCGUUUGAAGGACGCACAUUUGUAAAAAACUGCCUUAAAGUUCCAGAGCCUCAAUACUGUGAGGAUUAUUCUUUUCUUGGUAUAGAAACCUAUGAUUGAUGGAUGUCCUCGAACCUAAAUCUGCAGAAAGACUUACGGUUUAGUCUCGAGGUUUGUGCGCACAGUCGAGUUGAAUGCUGUCAGCUUUCUCAACAUUGUUGGCUGAGGUAUGGGUGGUCAUUGAGUAGCAAAUUCAUUCUCCGGCUGUGUUGUUUUUUUAGGAACAACUUCGUCUGUGUGCUGAGCAGUCCGUCUUGCGGGCCCAAACUCGUGCUACGAUCGCGUUGGCUAAUCAACCACGUCCUCUCUCCUUCUGUUCAGUUAUGGCACUGAACGGCUUUACUUACCUCCCACCCUUUAAGAGUUCUGAUCACCGGGUAAGACCCUGCCAGGUUCUUUUAUUUUGACGCAUUCUUGUGAGGAGUGAAAAACGCCAGCCGACUCUGCAGUUUGAGGGAAGGUGGGAUACACUGGAUCCUGGUUUGCGCUGCUGCAGAAUGGGACGUUGGAGUUUCGGCUUUCGCAGAUAGAUAAUGACCGUUGAUUCUUUUCUGAAUGACAAUGACGAGAAUGGAGCAGAUGGAAUGAAGUCUGAAAUUUCCUAAAUCCACCAUAUGGUUACAAUAAUCUUGACCCUUUGAUUUUAUUCCAAAGAAGGGGCGCUCACUAGCUACAUUUGUCUUUAACACUGAAAUUACAAUUUGGGAUGUUAAAUCCUGCCGCGGUGCAAAAUGUAGGGGCUAACUGAAUGGUUGUCUAUAGCAGGUUCUGAGGGUAUCAAAACUCGUAAAUGUAAUUAAGACACUUCUCAACAGGAAGUGGCGAGCACUGUGCGGGUCGCUACAUAAUUUGCAGAAUAUCCUAAGCACGAUUAUGAAGACGGUAAGAUGUGGAGACAAAUACAUAUUUAGUUAAAAAUCUCACAUACGUGUGUCGUCAGCGUGAAAAUAGACCGCAUAUUCUAAUUCCACUGGAGAUAUGCUAAUACGCCAUUUUACUGUUUUACAAAUAAGGAAAAAUAACCGAUUUAACCCCUCCUGUUUCGCGUGUUAAACGUCUUUUUCGUGUAGCUCUUCUUACCGGUAGUUUCCUGUUUAUCUGUUUAGGACGGAAAAGCUGCCAAUUCAAGUUAGCGUUAUGGGUUAAAUUUUAAUUUCUGAUGGGUUUUGUGCCUAAAUCUACAUGCGUUCUCGCGUGAUCUAGUCUAAUUUUUUUUUUAUUUUUCUGAGUUUUACUCUCCACGCGCUCGAACACCCUCAAUAGUAUUAACUGGUCUGCAGUGAGUGACCGAUCUCAUGAAAUUUUGACAGCAAUUCCUAAAUGCGUUUUUGAUUAGGAUGGAAUACUUAGGUGGCGUUGUAAUACUGAUUAUCAUGCGGCAUAAUCCUAUAAUAUUUCGGACUUAACGGGGUGUCGGCUUUUGAAUGCACUUCCUUUCGAGCUCCUGUAGCAACCGCACCUGGUUCUAAAUGAAUGCUUAAAUAGCAUGCAUUUUUCACAUUGAAUGUCGAUUGUCUUAUAACUUUACAUAAAUCUUACUCGUAUGGUAGAAAAUCGCUUUGUCAUCACAUUUUAUGCCCGAAGGAAGGGUAUAUUUAGGUCUUAAAAGUUUCCCAGUUCCCGAAUAAUUUUGAGCCUAAUCUGCCAUUCCAUUGGCGUUUGGCGAUUUCAGUCUACAAGGUACAUGCUUUCCGCGGUAGGUGAAUCAUAUAUUUCUCUAGGCCUUUAAGAAGAUACCAUAUAGAGUUUAUAGAAUUUGAAAUGAACGCGGACUAUGUUGUACAUUUCAUGAGAAACAUUGAUAAACGGACAGUUACAAUGCUGUAUGAAUAGACACUGCAGGGUCACAAAAAAGCCCAUGAUUAGAAACUUUGGCGACGAUAGUGUAGGAUCCCCAACUAACUUGAGCUAGCCUGUGGAUCGUGCCAUACGUUUAAUAGUGGUAGAGGGGAUUUUACUGGUGGGACAGCAUACGGGACCGAGAGCAAGAAGACACAGAAAGUAGAUAAAUUCCUGCCAAAAGUCUUGUCGUACGCUGUCAUUUGGCAAAGAAAUUGAGCGCGAUAAUUUAAAAAAAUAAAUAAAAAGCAAUUUUCAAAAAAUAACGGACACUGAAUAAAACGCCGCCGGUAAGUUUACGUUUAGUCCGGAAGGGAAGGAAGUUUAAAACAAUGUAAGCGAUGUUUACAGUCACACUAAAUUUCAGGGUAUAUUUUCGGAGUUGCCAUCUGCUCAGGAGUCCUACACCCUAUCGUCACCGAAACUGUUUUAAAACCGAAAUAUCUGCUUUCUUCGGAUAUAAGAUGAUAAGACAACGUGACUUUCUAUCAAACGAGUAAAAUUAAACAUAUUUUGUGCAUUUUUUCUACAAAAUGUGUUUAAAUUUAUAAGACCAUCGAAAAUCAGUGUGAAAAAUGCAUGCAACUUAAGUGGCCAUUUUUACCCAGUGUGGCUUCUACAGGUCGCAAAGGAGUGCAUUUAAGAGCCGACAUCUCGAUAAGCCCGAAAUAGUAUACGACUAUGUUGCAUGAUGAUCAGUUUUACAGCCUCACCUAAGUAAUCCUUCCUUUUCGAAAACGCAUUUCGGAAUUUCGGCCAACAUUUCAUGAGAUCGGUCACUCACUGUGUACAAUAUCAGAAUUUUUACACAAAGAUUGAUAAGUUCCUUUCACAUAUCCUGUUACCUUUCUUCAUCCUUUUCUAAAUGCAAUGCUUUAGGACGAAGAAAGUGUCCGAGACCGUUUCAACGCUAGAAUUCUGAUUGGCUGGCUGCAGGACAUCAAGGACAACUUCCAGAAGGAAAAGGUUAGAUAGCAGUCUUUAGGCAUUCGCGGUGCCGAUUUAUUUUGAACCCAGCUUGCUCCGUCCUCCAACUGCCCCUCCACCUUCACUGCCCGUCUGCAUGCAAACCGUACACUUUCAUGACCGUUCUGUAUCACCAGCGUACCCUGAACUGCUCAACUAAGUGUUAAGCAUUUGGAUAGGAGAAGUUCUGACCAAGGUGCUGUUUACCAGACCCUUAUACGCUGUUAAGCACAUGCAAUGCUGCGCUAGCAUUCCAAAUUACAUGCAUUCCCUUUAGGUUAUUGGGCACGUGACACACAAACACGCAUGUACAUCAGUUAAUCCUACUCAGGCACCUAAACAUGAGGUGUGGGUACUAGCAUGGAAUGUUUCUUUAAUUUCGGCACCAUCAGUUUUCUUUUCUGUUUCGAGGCCAGCGUUCGUUUUGAAUGUGACGCCCAGAGAAGUCUCGCCACCCUGUUGGCACCCACUCCUUAACACUUCACUCCUGGAGCACGCUUUCAGUACUCGGAAGUUUAAAAAUAUUCGCACUGGAGGAUGCGAUGUUUUUGCAUCCGUGGUUAGAAAAGGUUGAUCUUGUUCGCGCGAUGACUUUUUCAACCAGCGCGAUAGAUUAUCUCCCCGUAAUAGUGUGCACAAGCCUCAUCUUAGUGGUUUCAGCGGUUGGAGACGUGUCAGCGAUGUGUCUAGUUUAAACCGGUCGACCAAAUUUCCUCACCCUCUUUCUCCCGUUUUUCUUCUUUUAGAGGAGACUUUUGUGUCGCCAGCUGCACGAAGCCGAAUCGCUAAUGAUGGUUCAGAAGUUAGACUGGGAGGUAAAACUUAAGGAAAUGCAUAUGUGUGACUGCAGAGCCAACGUCUUUGAUGAAAUUCCGUCUCAGCACGUGCCCCUUGUUGAGGUUCCCAAUGACUUUCCUCUCUUUGUUCAUGACCCCAUUUAG